UUUUAGGCGCCAUUUUCGAGUGAAGGACCCGGAGCCGAAACACCGGUAGGAGCGGGGGUGCUGUACAACGGUUUCCAGCUUUGAUCUGCCUGGGCUGCCCCGCAGCGACCAUGCCCCGUAAAGGCACCCAGCCUUCCACCGCCCGGCGCAGAAGAGAAGAGCCGCCGCACUCCCCGGACGGCACCAGUAGCGACGCGGAGCCGGAACCCCCGCCUGGCCGCGCGAGCAGCCCGGCCCCUGCUACCGCAGAGACACCAAGUGAGGAAAUUGAUAAUAGAAGUUUAGAAGAGAUUUUGAAUAGCAUCCCUCCUCCCCCGCCUCCAGCAAUGGCCAAUGAAGCCGGAGCUCCUCGGCUAAUGAUAACUCAUAUUGUAAACCAGAACUUCAAAUCCUAUGCUGGGGAAAAAAUUCUGGGACCUUUUCAUAAGCGCUUUUCCUGUAUUAUUGGACCAAAUGGCAGUGGCAAAUCCAAUGUUAUUGAUUCUAUGCUUUUUGUGUUUGGCUAUCGAGCACAAAAAAUAAGAUCUAAAAAACUUUCAGUGCUUAUUCACAAUUCUGAUGAACACAAGGAUAUUCAGAGUUGUACUGUAGAAGUUCAUUUUCAGAAGAUAAUUGAUAAGGAAGGGGAUGAUUAUGAAGUCAUUCCUAACAGUAAUUUCUAUGUAUCCAGAACUGCCUACAGAGACAAUACUUCUGUCUAUCACAUAAGUGGGAAGAAGACAACGUUUAAGGAUGUUGGAAAUCUUCUUCGAAGUCAUGGAAUUGACUUGGACCAUAAUAGAUUUUUAAUCUUACAGGGUGAAGUUGAACAAAUCGCUAUGAUGAAGCCAAAAGGCCAGACUGAACAUGAUGAGGGUAUGCUUGAAUAUUUAGAAGAUAUAAUUGGUUGCGGACGGCUAAAUGAGCCUAUUAAAGUCUUGUGUCGGAGAGUUGAAAUAUUAAAUGAACAUCGAGGAGAGAAGUUAAACAGAGUUAAGCUGGUAGAAAAGGAAAAGGAUGCCUUAGAAGGAGAGAAAAACAUAGCCAUUAAAUUUCUUACCUUGGAAAAUGAAAUAUUUAGAAAAAAGAAUCAUGUCUGUCAAUAUUACAUUUAUGAUCUGCAGAAACGAAUUGCUGAAAUGGAAACUCAAAAGGAAAAAAUUCAUGAAGAUACCAAAGAAAUUAAUGAGAAGAGCAAUAUACUGUCAAAUGAAAUGAAAGCUAAGAAUAAAGCUGUAAAAGAUGUAGAAAAGAAACUGAAUAAAAUUACAAAAUUUAUUGAGGAAAACAAAGAAAAAUUUACACAGCUAGAUUUAGAAGAUGUUCAAGUUAGGGAAAAAUUAAAACAUGCUUCAAGUAAAGCCAAAAAACUGGAGAAACAACUUCAAAAAGAUAAAGAGAAGGUUGAAGAAUUUAAAAGUAUACCUGCCAAGAGUGAGAAAAUCAUAAAUGAGACAACAACUCAAAAUAGUGCCCUUGAGAAGGAAAAAGAGAAAGAAGAAGAAAAAUUGAAAGAAGUUAUGGAUAGCCUUAAACAGGAAACACAAGGGCUUCAAAAAGAAAAAGAAAGUCGAGAGAAAGAACUUAUGGGUUUCAGCAAAUCAGUAAAUGAAGCACGUUCAAAGAUGGAUGUAGCUCAGUCAGAACUUGAUAUCUAUCUCAGUCGUCAUAAUACUGCAGUGUCUCAAUUAAGUAAGGCCAAGGAAGCUCUAACUGCAGCAUCUGAGACUCUCAAAGAAAGGAAAACUGCGAUCAGAGAUAUAGAGGCAAAACUCCCUCAAUCUGAACUGGAAUUAAAAGAGAAAGAAAAAGAACUUGAAAAACUUACACAAGAAGAAUUAAAAUUGAAAAGUUUGGUUCGUGAUCUUUUCCAAAAAGUUGAAGAAGCAAAGAGUUCCGUAGCAAUGAAUCGAAGUAGAGGGAAAGUCCUUGAUGCAAUAAUUCAAGAAAAAAAAUCUGGCAGGAUUCCAGGAAUAUAUGGAAGAUUGGGAGACUUAGGAGCAAUUGAUGAAAAAUACGAUGUUGCUAUUUCAUCCUGUUGUCAUGCAUUAGACUACAUUGUUGUUGAUUCUAUUGAUACAGCUCAAGAUUGUGUGAACUUCCUUAAAAGACAAAAUAUUGGAGUUGCAACCUUUAUAGGUUUGGAUAAGAUGACCGUAUGGGCGAAUAAAAUGACCAAAAUUCAAACUCCUGAAAAUACUCCUCGGUUAUUUGAUUUAGUAAAAGUAAAAGAUGAGAAAAUUCGCCAAGCUUUUUACUUUGCUUUACGGGAUACCUUAGUUGCUGACAACUUAGAUCAAGCCACAAGAGUAGCAUAUCAAAAAGAUAGAAGAUGGAGAGUGGUGACAUUACAGGGGCAAAUCAUAGAACAAUCAGGUACAAUGACUGGUGGUGGAAGCAGAGUAAUGAAAGGAAGGAUGGGUUCAUCAGUUGUUGAAAUCUCAGAAGAAGAGGUAAAUAGAAUGGAAUUACAGUUGCAGAAAGACUCUGAAAAAGCAGUGCAAAUCCAGGAACAGAAAGUACAACUGGAAGAAGCAGUAGUUAAGUUAAGGCAUAAUGAACGAGAAAUGAAGAAUACAUUAGAAAAGUUUACUGCAAGCAUCCAGCGUUUAAGGGAGCAAGAAGAAUAUUUGAAUGUCCAAGUUAAGGAACUCGAAGCUAAUGUGCUUGCUACAGCCCCUGACAAGAAAAAGCAGAAGUUACUAGAAGAAAAUGUUAGUGUUUUCAAAAAAGAAUAUGACAGUGUGGCUGAAAGAGCUGGUAAAGUAGAAGCUGAGGUUAAAAGAUUACACAAUAUCAUCGUGGAAAUCAAUAACCAUAAACUCAAGGCCCAACAAGACAAACUUGAUAAAAUAAAUAAGCAAUUAGAUGAAUGUGCUUCUGCUAUUACUAAAGCCCAAGUAGCAAUCAAGACUGCUGACAGAAAUCUUAAAAAAGCACAAGACUCCGUCUUUCGCACAGAGAAAGAAAUAAAAGAUACUGAGAAAGAAGUAGAUGAUUUAACAGCAGAACUAAAAAGUCUUGAGGACAAAGCAGCAGAGGUUGUGAAAAAUACAAAUGCUGCAGAGGAAUCCUUACCAGAGAUCCAGAAAGAACAUCGUAAUCUACUUCAAGAACUAAAAAUAAUUCAAGAAAAUGAACAUGCACUUCAGAAAGAUGCACUUAGUAUUAAGUUGAAACUUGAACAAAUAGAUGGUCACAUUGCUGAACAUAAUUCUAAAAUAAAAUAUUGGCAAAAAGAGAUUUCAAGAAUAUCAUUGCAUCCCAUAGAAGAUAAUCCUCUUGAAGAAAUUGCAGUUCUGAGCCCACAGGAUCUGGAAGCAAUCAAGAAUCCAGAUUCUAUAACAAAUCAAAUUGCACUUUUAGAAGCCCAGUGUCAUGAAAUGAAACCAAACCUUGGUGCCAUUGCAGAGUAUAAAAAGAAGGAAGAAUUAUAUUUACAGCGGGUAGCAGAAUUGGACAAAAUUACUUGUGAAAGAGAUCAUUUUAGACAGGCAUAUGAAGAUCUUCGGAAACAAAGGCUUAAUGAAUUCAUGGCAGGUUUUUAUAUAAUAACAAAUAAAUUAAAGGAAAAUUACCAAAUGCUUACUUUGGGAGGUGAUGCUGAACUGGAGCUUGUAGACAGCUUGGAUCCUUUCUCUGAAGGAAUCAUGUUCAGUGUUCGACCACCUAAGAAAAGUUGGAAGAAGAUCUUCAAUCUUUCAGGAGGAGAGAAAACACUUAGUUCAUUGGCUUUAGUAUUUGCUCUUCACCACUACAAACCCACUCCCCUGUACUUCAUGGACGAAAUUGAUGCAGCCCUGGAUUUUAAAAAUGUGUCCAUUGUUGCAUUUUAUAUAUAUGAACAAACAAAAAAUGCCCAGUUCAUAAUAAUUUCUCUUCGAAAUAAUAUGUUUGAGAUCUCAGACAGACUUAUUGGAAUUUACAAGACAUACAACAUAACAAAAAGUGUUGCAGUAAACCCAAAACAAAUCGCAUCUAAAGGACUUUGUUGAACUCGUUUAUAUCCAGGAUUCCUCAAACUGAAUUCACAUAGAUUCAGCCUAUUGUAUUAUUGACAUUUUCUCUUUGUAAAGGAUUAUAAUAUGAAGUACAUACUCCUAAACUGGAUCAUGUAACUGGUUUUUAUGCUAUUAGGAGACAUGUUAUAAGUCUAAUAAAAUAUUCUCUGUACCUGCUUCUUAGGCUGUAAGAAUCUGACAGUUUGGUAAACAGCAGCAGGCUAUGGAGAAAGUAAGAUGCCUGCAGGGUGAGGCGAUUUGUCCUUAUUCCCAAGUUGUUGCCAGCAGAGUUAAAAGGAAGUUCAUUGAUGAGCAAUAAAGUUCUGAACUAGAGCAUAUUAACCAAGAGGCAGCAAGCAUACCAUCAUGUAUCUUUGACCUACACGGGAAAAGCCUACCAGCUACUUAAUUGAAUAAAUUCUUAAGGUAUUCUAUUUAAUUUACUAAUUUAGACAAUCAUUGUAUCUACAACCCAAACACUGGGAAUGUUUUGUUUUUUAAACCGUUGUGAAUUCUGCAUGAUGAGAAGUUAAAUAUUUUAUGUGCUUUUCUAAAACUUGUGUUUAAAACUUCCAAGAGAACCAUCAAACUGAGACAGUAUCUGAGGUAACUCAUCAGUUGAAAAGGAAUGAAUACCCACUAUCUUUGCCUCAUAAAAAUAUGUAGGGGUUAACAGCUUCCUUAGUAUAAAUGGAAAUUAUAUGCUGUUUGUCCAAUUACCAGGGGUUCCCCCCCCCCUUUAAUUUUCUACACUGCAUUAGCUCAGUGUUAUAGUGCUACUGAAAGUUGGCAACCACUUGGUUUUCAAGAGGAAUUUCUUGAUAUUGAUUAAAAAGUCUUUGCCCUAUUUGAUUUCUAGAUAUUGAUCCUAAGGAAUUAAAACUAAAAGCUCUCUAUUCAAUGAUGAUUGUUUAGGUACUAAAAAGAUCCAACAAAGAUGGUUUGUAUCAUAACAGUCAUUAAAUAUGUAAAUACAUUAGCAUGUACUUAAAUAAAGUAAAAUCUGAAACUCCA